AUGCCGCCCCGAAUACUUCUAAGAGGGCCCAGGGCUCUAUUGUCACCACCGACAGCCUGGGUCCGUCUGCGGCCUCAGCAGAGGUUUGCCUCGAGCUCCGCAAAUGCACCGGAGGUUUACGACGUCGUCUGCGUAGGCGGUGGACCAGCAGGUCUGAGUCUCCUGACUGGUCUGAAAGCAUCGCCAAUCACAAGCGGGCUUAAAGUUGCUCUCAUCGAGGGACAAGAUCUACACAAGAAUCGAUUAUCACAAGAUGCUAGUUUGGAGAGCUUUUCCAAUAGAUGCAGCUCCCUCACCCCGGCCUCCGUGAAGAACUUACAGGAAAUCGGAGCAUGGGCGCAUGUCAAUACACCCCGGGUGCAGCCAUACCAAGAGAUGCAAGUAUGGGACGGCGUCACUGAUGCGCGGAUAUCGUUCGAUUGGCACACAGCGAAACCUCUCCUUACUCCUCGUAACCCGGCGCAGCCCACGACGAUCGCCUACAUGAUCGAGAACGUCAAUACGGUUACCGCUCUCUUGAGCCGGCUCGAACAAUUGGGUGGUGUCGACUUUUACACAUCCACUAAGGUCAACUCGAUAGAUUUGGGUACAGAUACAGAGAAGAUGGACUUCUCAUCGUGGCCAAUGCUCACGCUAUCCAACGGAAAGACAUUGGCAGCUAGGCUGUUAGUCGGAGCCGAUGGUGCGAAUAGCCCAGUGCGGACUUUUGCAGAUAUUGAGUCGCGAGGCUUCGAUUAUGGUAGACACGGUUUGGUGGCUAGUCUGAAGCUCGAGGGGCAAGGCUGGGGCGGUCCAGAUCACAAGAUCGCAUACCAGCGGUUCUUGCCAACCGGCCCCAUAGCUAUGCUGCCCCUUCCAGGAAACAUGUCGACACUUGUCUGGAGUACCACGCCGGAGCGUGCCGCGAAGCUCAAGACGUUGUCACAAGAGGAUUUCGUUGCAAUGGUCAAUGCGGGUUUCCGACUGUCACCCACAGACUUGGAGUAUCUACACACACUGUCAUCUGGACAGGCAGAAGAAGUUGCAUGGCGAGAGAAACACACGCCUGUCGACGAACAUGCAAUACCAAUGCGAGUAGCACACGUACAAGACGGUACAGUUGCAUCCUUCCCACUUCGCAUGCGACACGCGGAUACAUAUACUGGUGAACGAGUUGCGCUGGUUGGCGAUGCGGCGCACACCAUACAUCCGCUCGCAGGCCAAGGUUUAAACCAAGGCCAAGGCGAUGCUGCGGCGCUCGUUCGAACGAUAUCACAUGCAGUGCAAACUGGCCAAGACAUCGGAUCAACGUUGGCGUUGGAGAGCUAUACCAGCGAGCGAUACGCGGAGAAUAAUGCAAUGCUGGGCGUAUGCGAUAAAUUACAUCGACUGUAUAGCGUUGAAUCGGGCCCGCUUGUAGGAUUGCGAAGUCUCGGAUUGAGAGCUGUCGAUGCAAUGGGUCCACUAAAGGGUUUCUUCAUGAGCCGCGCUGCAGGUGGAUCUUAA